GUCUGUGUGGAGACUGAAGGAAAUGAGACAACCUUUUCCUCCCACGGACUCAGUCUCCUCUGGAGUGUGCAGGGCUCGGGGAGUCCCAAGACCGAGUUCACGCGUUCCCAGCUCAGCCCGACUGGGAGAGACGCCCCAAAUUGCUCUCUCUGGGGUGCACGGGUGCCGCAGUCACAGGGCACAGUCCCACCUGCGGCACCCCUCCCUGGGUGAUCUGACCCCCCUCCCCGACUCAGUCCCCGGAAGUGUGCGCCUGCGGUCCAAGAGAAGGUAAGCUGCUCCCCCGAAGCGCGCUCAGGGUGCAAGGACACCCCAGUUCUACUGAGCGGGAACUCUUCAGCGCUCUAGAAUCGGAAACCUCGGCUUUGUUCCGGAACCCCCGUCCAGGAGAAGAGAGGGAGGGGGCCACGCUGAUCCAGACGUGUCCAGGAGCUCUCCUCCCGAUGCCAUAUGAGGCUGCCCCUCAGCCCCAGCACGGAGCCCGUGGCCGCGGAGCCCUUGGAGAUGGCUUUGCUCAGCAGCAUCCUGGCAGCCUGUUCCUAUAUCUCAGAAAAUCCUGAGCGAGCCGCCCUGUACUUCGUCUCUGGCGUGUGCAUCGGUCUAUUCCUGACCUUGGCCGCCUUGGUGAUGAGGAUUUCCUGCCACACUGACUGCCGGCAGGGUCCCCGGAGGAGGUGCUUGCAGGACCAUGAGAGUAGCAGUGACAGCAGCGACAGCGAGGAUGGCAGCGAGGACACGGCCUCGGACCUGUCAGUUCGCAGACACCGCCGCUUUGAGAGGACUUUGAACAAGAACGUGUUCACCUCUGCAGAGGAGCUGGAGCGCGCACAGCGAUUGGAGGAGCGCGAGCGCAUCAUCAGGGAGAUCUGGAUGAACGGGCAGCCCGAGGUGCCUGGCACCAGGAGCCUUAACCGCUACUAUUAGGGCACAGUGUGGACCCCAGAACCUCUACAGGCCAUCAGGAAAGAGCGUGGGUUCUGCAGGCAGGGACGGUUUGUACAAGGGAAGCCAGCUCUGCUAAUGUGUCUGGAGAGAAGCACGUGGCCGGCCUGCUUUCCCAGGGGCACGGGGUUUGCUUUAGACUCUUACCUCUGGAGAGAUAAACAACCCAAGCAGGAGCACCUGCCUUUCCAGACACCAACGUGGGAACACCAACCCAACCUUCCCAGGUCUGGGAAUGUUGCUGAGACAUCCUCUCCAACCACCUGACAACCACGUGACAACCACGUGACAAGCUGAAAGGACGUAUGGUCCUUCCUAUUUUCUGAGGCGCCCAGAAGUUUGCUCAGACUUUCCUCUGUGUUUCCUUUACAAAAGGAAAAAAAAAUCUCAUGGCUGGAGAGCUGGGGAUAUCAGGGUGAACUUGACCCAGAAAAUGCAAUAGAAGUGAUUUGAUUGAGAUAGCAUGAUCUAUGCUAAUUAUUUAAAGCUAAUUUUUAAAAUGAAAAAAAAUCGUGGCAACCUCUGCAUUUUAACUGACACCUCAGGGAUUAAAAUCCUAUUGUUUAGUCUAGUUCCCACCUUGUUCAUGAAAAUGAAUAGAACUUACUGCAUUAUGGGAUGUAUUGGGGACUUAGGAUAACAUCAAUAACCUCAAAGGAUAAAGGGUUUUAUUUUUUAGUUGUUUAUAAGAUAUGUAUUGACAAGCGUAUCUGAAAAUGCUGCAUAAACACAAGCCGUGUGCCCUUCCAUUUCUAAAAGAAGAAAAGUCUCUCACGACUUCAGAGACUCUUGCUAUUUAAAUAAUAUUUUGUUUUGUUUUGUGUUUUUUUUUUUAAAGCAGUUUUGAUUUCCAAGAAAAGAAUGGGAACCAGAGGUGAGGAUGAAAGCCAAAAUUAAAAUGGCAUCGAAAAUAAACAUUCCAUGAAC